CAGCACAUAGGCAUUUACUCCAUCAUAUCUGCGCAAUUUUACUUAUGUAUUCAUCUAUUUAUUGUUGAAGAUUAUGGAUUUGUAUCGAAUAACCACAUUUUACGCAGUCCUCACAUUUGCUUGGAGUUUUCCAUGUUUUCAGUCAUUUAAGAUUUUCCUUCCGUUUGCCUCAAAGAACAACAAAGUGCAGAAGGUCUUUGAUGGACAAAAAGAGAUCUACUCAUCGUCAUUACCCUCAUCGAAUGAACGAAAUUCCGAGAAUGUUCCCAAAGAUGCAAUUGAACCGCACGACUACAUGCUUUCAAUUUAUAAGACAUUCUCCGCAGCCGAGAAAUUAGGGCUAAAUGCAAGUUUCUUUCGGUCGUCAAAAGCAGCUAACACUAUAGCAAGUUUUGUGGACACGGGAAAAGAUGACCUCCCACUCUCCCCUCUGCGAAAACAGCAGUAUCAGUUUGACAUCUCAGCCUUUUCAGAUAGAGCAGAAGUGCUUGGGGCUGAGCUGAGGAUAUACACCAAAGUGUCUGAAAAUUUCAGGAUGUCGGAAAGUGAGCCAAUAGAUAUUCAGCUACUCUCCUGCCACACUCAGCAGCUGCUAGAUUCCAAAACAUUGAACCUUCAGGAGUCCCAUCAGCCCAAAUGGGAGGUGUUGGAUGUGUGGGACAUAUUUAGGGACAGGGAUCACCUCACACAAGGAAGCCAGUUCUGCCUCGAGGUCAAGGCCAUGCUUGAAAACCCUGAGAGAGAAAUUGACUUGCAUCAUCUUGGCUUUCACAGAAAUGGGCGCCCACAGCAAAAGAAGGCCAUUUUAGUGGUGUUCACCAGGUCCAUGAAGAGACAAACCCUUUUAAGUGAAAGUACAGAACGAAUUACAUUGACAAGCCUUGGGAAAAAGGGGAAAGACAGAGGCCCUCACUCUAAUUCCAAAGCCAACCGGAGACGCAGGACAGUAAUAACAAAGAAUCGCCAUAGGAAUGGCAAAAAGUCAAAAUUGAGAUGCAACAAGAAGCCGCUGCAUGUGAACUUCAGAGAAUUGGGCUGGGAUGACUGGAUCAUCGCUCCUCUGGAUUACGAGGCGUACCACUGUGAGGGUGUGUGUGACUUUCCCCUGAGGUCACACCUAGAGCCCACAAACCAUGCCAUCAUCCAGACUCUUAUGAAUUCCAUGAAUCCCAGCAACAUGCCUCCUAGCUGCUGUGCCCCAUCCAAACUCAGUCCUAUUAGCAUUCUCUAUAUCGAUUCAGGAAAUAAUGUGGUGUAUAAGCAGUAUGAGGAAAUGGUGGUUGAGUCAUGUGGUUGUAGAUGAUGCUUCUUUGGAAAGACAGUGUGUUGAGUGAGAAUUAAAUGGAAGAUAAUUUUUGAAGCUACCAUAUAAUAAGAGUUGUGUACGGGAUUACAUCCUAUUACCUUUGUAGUGCACCACUUUUGAUCCAUUGGGCUUGCGCAAGAGUAGUGCACUAUACUGAACACAUAAUAUACUGUACACAUAAUAGGGAUUAAUAAUUCAGGCAAGAAGAGUGUUUUCUGUAAAUUAAUGUGGCAUGAUUAAUAAGCACCUGUACCAAACUAAGCCAUGUUAAUUUGCACUUCCUUGUUUUUAUUGCACAAUGAAUGGGAGGGACACUUCCAAAUGGCCAGCAAGUGACUGAUUCUGAAAUAAAUGGGCCAGAUCAAUUCAUAAACAUCACUUCAAUAGCAGAAGUCUGCUCAAUGCUCCUUGGCCUUUGACUGAAAAUGAUACUUGAGUGCUGAACAGAUUGUAAAUCCAUUUUCGGCUACAACGUUUGUGUAAUUGAAGUGCACUUCCAACUACAAAACCUCCAGACCUUGCCUACUUAGUGAAGACUCUUGUGCGUGGCAAAUACGCACAAGAGUCUUCAUACGUAUACACUGUAUAUAUAGGAAAUAGGGUGAUAUUUGAGAUUUAGUCAUAUUGCAGUUGGAACACAAGGUUAGAAAAAUAAUGC